ACCACUACCAACGUCCUGAUCGAUAUCUGCAUCGAUCUGCCCACCCUUGUCUCCUGGAUCGUAGCUGAGAUCAGCGUGAACCACGUGGGUCUCUGCUCCCUGAUCUGUUUCCUGUGUUUGGAAAGAGUUGCAGCUUCAUCGCGGAGUUUCUCUCGGUUUGUGGGCUCAUCUAAAGCCAUUUGGACUCAGCUCAGCUACUACAGAGGAAACGAUGACUUUAACACAAAAGUGAGUUCCUCGGGCAGCAGAAAUCCAAGGAAGAGGAGGAACCAUAAUGGGAGGACAGGCCCCUGCACGGACCAACAUGGAGCGAGAAGUCAGCGCUCUCAGGAGGCCGACAAACCUCACAGAAGAAAGGGAGAGAAAAAAUACAGCUGUGACGUGUGUGGGAAGGGGUUUACCCGUCCUAGAGGCCUAAAAACACACCAAUCCAUCCACAGUGGAGUUAAAUCUUACAGCUGUGAGUUGUGUGAAAAAUCUUAUACCCAGGCUGGACACUUAAAAACACACCAAAUCAUCCACAGUGGUGUUAAAGCGUACAGCUGUGAUGAGUGUGGUAAAGAUUUUUCUCGAAAGGAUUCACUAAAAACACAUCGGCUUAGACACAUUGGGGAGAGACCAUUCAGCUGUGACUUGUGUGGAAAAUCUUUUAUCCUUGCUGAGUAUUUGACAAAACAUCGACGCAUCCACACUGGGGAGAGACCAUACAACUGUGACUUGUGUGGAAAGACUUUUACCCAGGCUGGAAACCUAAAAAGACACCAGUUAAUCCACAGUGGAGUUAAACCGUACACCUGUGAUCAGUGUGGUAAAGAUUUUCCUUACAGUAGCUAUUUACGGCUUCAUCAAGUUACCCACUCUGGAAUUAAGGCGUACGGUUGUGGAAUUUGUGGAAGACACUUCAGCGGCAAACAGAGCCGAAAUAAACACCUACGCAUUCACACCAAAAAUGACGUGUGCUACUGUGAUCAGUGUGGCAAACUGUUUGUGACAUACAACAGCUUAAAACAACACAUGUUUACACACGCUGAGGAGAAACUUUAUAAAUGUGACCUGUGUGAUAAGGCUUUUAAAUCUCCACGAUCCCUCAGAGUCCACCAACAGCUCCACACCAGAAAGAAACUCUACAAGUGCAGUUACUGUGAGAAGCAGAGCGACACAGAUGGAUCCAGUUCUCAACCCUGUGAGCACUGUGGUGGCGGGAAAGAGUUUCUUUGUGACCUUUGUGGAAAAACUUUCAGUAAUCGUGGGAGCCUAAGAAAACAUCAACUUAGACACACUGGAGGCAAAAUGAACUACUGCAACGAAUGUGGGAGAGGCUUCACUACUGCAGGUGACCUAAACCUGCAUAAACGAGUCCACACAAGAGAGAAACCAUACAAGUGCAGACACUGUGACAAAAGCUUCUCACAAUCAGCUCAUUGUAAAACACAUGAACGUACACACGUUAAAGGGAACUUCAGCUGUGACCAGUGUGACAAGACCUUCAGGAAUCUCAGUUCCUACACCACACACAAACGAUCCCACGCUGCAAAUAAACUGUUUCACUGUUACCAAUGUGCAAAAACAUUCACUUCAUUAUCUGCUCUGUGCAAACAUCAGCGUGGUCAUGAAAUUAUUCUCAUCACUGGAUCACAAUGAAUCUGAAGAGACAGAAAGAUCCUCUUCUGGUUUCAGGGUCAGACUUAAAAACCUUGAGAUCAGGCUCCACAGAGUUCAGCUG